GCCGUCUUUCCGGAACAAGGAACAAAGUAAAAACAAUGGCGACCGGGAAACAGUGCCUGCUAGAUCAAAUGGACCUUGAUGACCAGAUGAUGCGUUGAAUUCAUUAUAUUGCAAAAUCAAUCAAGAAGGCGGCGGCGUAGUAUUUUCCUUCUCACAAUAAAAUGUCCUCGUAAUCACGUGCAGUAUUUGGAAGUCCUUGAAAGUCGUGCACGAGUCACCUUGAAAGUCAUUCAUUUCAUCAUCUCCUAUGAUCCGGUUGCUUUCCCUCCGCAGCAGGUAAGCGCUAAAAUCACCACCAUGGGAUUUCUUCUCUCCAAGUCCAUGGAUGCAAACUUGAAAAAGCAGCAGGAGUUUAUGCUGCACAACUCAAGACUACAGCUGGAGCGUCAGAUGAUGAUGCAGAACCAGAUGAGGGAGCGACAGAUGGCGAUGCAGAUUGCCCGGUCCAGAGAGUUCAUCAAGUACUUCGGCACAUUCUUCGCUGUGGCAUUCACCGGCCUCACCGUUGGUGCCCUAAAAAGAAAGAAACCAGCCCUGUUGGCGCCCAUCUUGCCCCUCAGCUUCAUAUUUGCCUAUCAGAUGGACAGUGCCUAUGGGACACUUAUUCAUCGAGUUCGAGGGGAGGCUGAGUGUAUCAUGGCGUCUGAAAACGACCGUCUAGACUUGCCUCACGGAACUCCAACCUUCGAUAGCAUAGAGAAGGCCCGACGCGCUAAAAGCAGCCUUGCCUCCUUCUUGGAGAGAUAAUGACUUUGUCCACCACAAAAACAAUGCUAAAACCGUCCAUUCAUACUGUUACCUGCUGUUGGUGGGGGGUGGGGGCAGAACACAAAAAGGGUCAUAUGAUGUACAUUGUUACUUUUUGUAAGUAGCAGUAUAAUUAAAUGGCUAAAUCAAAAUACAGUAUACCUGAAAGAAAAUGAGAUUUGCAAGAAAUAGCUAGAGUGGAAAACUUGUCCUGUAUUGAACAUUCAUCAUGUGCUGAACUUUAGCAACUUUAAACCUGCUUGGUGCUGAUUAAAGGUGCCUUUGGUGCACCCCUUUUUUUGUCAUA